GAACGUGUACUGUCAACCAGCGAAUACUCGAAUUUUCUAGUUCUUUCGGCAGUGCAGUUCGGGAUAUCCAUGUAGAGCAAGGAAACGCUUUGUACGUAGAUGACGAAAACAUGUUGAAGUCUGGUCAUAGUCUAUUGUCACAACUCCAUGCAUAUUGAGUAGUCCCACAUGGUUCCGCAAACGGAAAUCAACUGGUGCAACCUCAAUAGCAGGAAAGGUAUAGGCCUAGGCCUACAGUACUUGUACAACAAGAUCAGCAUGGCAUCUUUGGCAACUGAUGCAAUACCCGCUGAUCCUAUGGCCUUCCGUCACCUGCUGAAGAAGCUGGAUGAUGGCCUAGGGUCAGAGGAUUGUCACAAGCUUAACUUCAUCUCGGCAGAUCUUGGCAUCCCAAAAGCUAAACUGGAACGUGUGCGACAGGCCACAGACAUUUUUGAUGAGCUGGAGAAGCAGUCGUUGAUUGCAGCUGAUGAUGUCAGUCUAUUGUGGGAGCUAAUGGAGUUGAUCCAUAGGAAAGACCUGCUGAGCAUCAUCCAUGUGUAUUGCAAUAAGCACUUUGUCAAGGAGUUACAUACAGGUCAAAUCGGCAAGUACAGGCUUUUACUCCUUGAGAUUGCUGAUAAUACAUCAAAUGCAGACAUGAAUUGCUUCAAGCAAGCAUGCAAAGAUCUUCUUGGAAGGCAGGCAGUAAGCAAACUUCAGAAUAUCUACCAGCUGUUCCCCCUGCUUGAGGAGCGUGGGACGCUUGCACCUUCCAAUUUAGAUAUCCUGUGUCAACUGUUAAAUCUUGCUGGAAACAUUCAGAUGGUGCAAAAUGUCCACCAAUUUGAGAGUCAAGGCAACCUUCCUGACAUUGAGCUUGUUCAACUCAGUUCUCGUUUGGUAUCAGAAUGGCGAAAGCUCGGGACGUAUCUUGGGUUAGGUCAUCAUGUACUAGAGGCCAUAGACCAUGAUAAUCGUGGCACUGAAGACAAAGCAAGGGAAAUGCUGUUCACAUGGAGGCACAAUCUGUCGCACAGAGAGGAUGCAUAUGGGAUUCUCUCUAAGGCACUCAAGCUUUGUUACCGCAUGGAUCUUGCAGAAGCAGUGAAUGAUAUGGCAAGGAAGCAUAAACAAUCUGCACUUGCACACCCACACCAAGACCAGAUGGUCUCUCAACCUGUCCAAUAUCAACCUGUCCAAUAUCAACCUGCUGUAUGGUCUAGUCAGCCACACCUCAUGAAGCCAAGUGAUUUCUGUACCACCAAUGCACCAUCCAUACCUACCCAUACUGCUCUGCCAGUGUCUGAUCAUGGCAUACCAGACCAGGUAUUGAGGGAAUUGGCCGAAAAGAUUACAGUAGAGUGGCAAAAAAUGGGUACAUUCUUGAAUAUGGAGCACACCGUGUUACGUAGAAUAAAUCAAGACUGUCAUCGUUCAGAAGAAAAAGCUUACAACAUGCUGAUGGUGUGGCGUUCCCAAUUGAAGCCAGGCACAGAUGCUGUCCAUGUACUUGCUUCGGUGCUUAAAAUUGUUGGGCGAGUGGACUUGUCAGAAGUGCUGAAAGGGAUAGCAUGUCCAUCAGGACCCAUGGCUAGGCAGCUGCAAUCCUUGGAUCAACGGUUGACAUCACAGCCAAUGAAUGUAGAUCCUCCAGCACACCCCACUACACAAGCACAGCAGCCAAUGUCACAGGCUGAUGCAGUACCUGAAAACACCCCAUCCAGUUGCAGUAAUGUAACUGAGAAAAUGGAAGAAAUGAGUAUCAAUCAGUCACAAGGAGGCCAAGAAACAUCACCCAUACAGCAGACAUAUCCAGAGACGAUAGUCGGCAAUGUCGGGCAAGGUCAUGUGAUUGCACAACCCUCUUUACCAGAAUACAGGAUGAACCGGAACCCAAGGGGGCUGUGUAUGAUCAUCAACAACGUCCAAUUUGAGGGAUCAUCAUUAACGUCCCGCCCAGGAAGUGAAAAAGACACAGGUAAACUGGACAAUCUGUUCAACAAACUCCAUUUUGAGGUGGCAGUCAAGGAGGAUCUUACAGCCCAUGCCAUGCUUGAUUGGUUCAAGAGAGUCAGUCAGCUUAAUCACAGUGACUAUGACUGUUUUGCAUGUUGCAUCUUGACACAUGGGGCACUGGGUCAAGUCUUUGGCACGGAUGGCGAGCCUGUGGAGAUACAACAGAUCCUGGGACUUUUCACAGGAGUUUCAUGUCGGAGUCUUGUUGGCAAGCCAAAAAUGUUUUUCAUACAGGCUUGUCAAGGCAAAACUGAGCAAGAAGGAGUACAAGACAUAGAAACUGAUGAGCCUGAGCGGCAUGGAUUAGGUGUUGGCAUGUCCAAAACAAAACCCAAUGAAGCUGACUUUCUGCUGAGCUAUGCCACUGUGCCAGGAUAUGUCUCAUACCGUAGUAAGAGUGAAGGCUCUUGGUACGUCAAUGCGUUAGUGGAUCAGAUAAAUAAGCAUCACAAUACUACUGAUAUGCUGAACAUCUUAACUGUAGUGAACAAAACUCUGUGUGAUCAAAAUGCCCAAAGAAAGGGGAGCAUCAGGAAACAGGUGCCAGCACCUAGCUAUACAUUAGAGAAGGCUCUGUAUCUGCGUAGUUUGGUCGGCUAAGUAAACCCAGUCCAGGAUCAGUAAGUCAAAGGAAACAAAAUGAUGAAGAUUAAACGAUCACUAAAACAUGGACAAUAAAUCAGUAGUUUAUCCAGGUUUUGGCUCUGGGGGCAAGAUGGGUAUUUUUUUUUUUUUUAACCAACCAACCACUUCACCACCGUGCUUACCUGGGACCACUGGCGAGUUCACAUUUAUUGUAACAGUGGAUACAGUGAUCAAAGAGUUUUUGGUGGAAUUCUGCAUUGGGAGAUGUACAUGGUAAUAGGUUUUACCUGAGUUGCAACCAUCAAUGAGGAGCAACAAUAAAUAGAACAAUUAUUAACAUGUAAGAAAAUCA